UCACGGGAGUCGUAGUCUUCCCAGAGCCAUACCCUACCCGGGGGCGGGGAAGAAGCGACAGUUGGGACUACAUUUCCCAAGCUACCUCGCAGUGGAGUUACAUUCUGUCACGUGAUUGCAAAAAGGCAUUUUGUUGCUACUUUCCUACGCCGCUUCGUCCCCGGCUUCAAAGAGAGGACUCCUCCAACCAGAAGAGAGUCGUAAAUCGUAUUUGCACGAUGGAUCCAACACCUGGUGACCCAUCGGCCACAUUGCUUCCAUCCAGCCCACCCCAGCGCUGCUCCCUUUUAUCCGGGAAGAGGGGCUGGAGCCAUGGCCGUGCCUCCAGCUGGCAACGAGACAUGACACGCAAAGGGACAUGGUUCAGGACGAGCCAAGGAGUGGUGAACUUCAGUGGUACACAACGAUCCCGGUGCCGCCCAGGACCUCUCACUUUCAAACGCCACUUGGAGCACAGAGAUCAGGAGCCCAAUUCCAAGCACUUCCUCUCAGAGGACAAGAUGGCUGCCCGCUUCAACUCCCUUAGCUUGGAAAAUGACCACAUCUACAGCACCAAUGGCUUCCCUAUCCACGACGAAGACCCCCAAUGGCAGCAAGCCUAUUCACGCCUGAAAGAGCUACAACAGAGGCUCUCCCAAGACAGAGCACAGGAAGAAACCUGCUCAGAUGAUGAUGAUGAGCUCAACAACGUUAUUGUGGACGGAGAAUACAUCAUGGGCGAGUGCCCCUUACUGACGCACCCUUCUCUCUUACGAGCCGGACUUGGAGAAGUUGGUAUUACACCCGAAGAACUGCUUCUUUCUCUGAAUCCUUGUACAGAGGUUGUCUUGUGGAGCCCUCACAAUAAGUCAAGCUUACACACCAUUCGGACAAUGAUGGGCAUCCCCUCUUCUGCAAGUGCCUCUGUAGAGGCCCAGCAAAAAGUGGUGGGAGCAGAAGAGGAAAUGGAAGUAUGAAGCUUUGAAGCCGCCAACCAUGUCUUCUCCCAUGGCCACUCAGGCUUCCAACCAGCAGCACCAUAUUUAAGCGAAAACUAAUGAUGUCCAUUCAUAUAACACCCUUGGUUUUCGGUUCCAGUUCUUUGAUUCUCCUUUUUGCCCUCUUGUUAUGAAGCGUAUAAGCAAUCUUUUUAUUUUGCGUGUGACUGUUGUGUGCUUUCCCGCUCUUUUAAUAAGAGGCAAUUAAAAGCUAAAUGUGCAA